CCGCACACUAGCAGCCAGGGUGGGACUUGCUGAACGCCCAGUGUCCGUUCUCUAGCUGCAUUGCACAUCUGCACUUGUAUCUGAACCCUUGCAGUAAUACCGGUCUUCUUGCAACAUGGCGAUUUCCAAGAAAGCGGGGAAGAAGGUUGCUGCCACGCCAAAGAAGGCAGGCGGGUCUAGCAAAGUUGCGAAGGCGGAUUGGAAGGAGGGCUUUAAGAAGAAGCAAGUCGGCGUGUCUGAUAUGACCUUGUUAACCACGAUUACGAACGAAGCAAUCAAUGAGAACUUGGAGAAGAGAUGGCUUGCUGGAGAGAUAUACACCUAUAUUGGAUCUGUGCUCAUAUCCGUCAACCCGUUCAAAGAUCUCGGAAUUUACACAGAUGAGGUGCUGCAGAGAUACAAGGGCAAGAACAGGCUCGAGGUUCCACCGCAUGUCUUCAGCAUUGCUGAAUCUGCAUACUACAACAUGAACGCCUACCAUGAGAACCAGUGCGUCAUCAUCUCAGGCGAGUCUGGUGCUGGAAAGACGGAGGCGGCCAAGCGUAUCAUGCAAUACAUUGCCGCUGUAUCUGGCGGUAGAGACAGCAGCAUCCAGGAAAUUAAAGAUAUGGUGCUGGCCACCAAUCCGCUACUGGAGAGUUUCGGUUGCGCGAAGACGCUGCGAAACAACAACUCCAGUCGACAUGGUAAAUACCUCGAGAUCAUGUUCAACGACCACGGAGAGCCCGUUGGCGCUCAGAUCACAAACUACCUGCUAGAGAAGGGGCGUGUUGUCGGCCAAGUGGAGAACGAACGUAACUUUCACAUUUUCUAUCAGUUCACCAAGGGCGCUUCCGACGCACAACGAGAGGCGUAUGGGUUACAGGGUCCGGAGGCAUAUGCUUACACGAAUCUCAGUAAUUGCUUGGACGUACAAGGCAUCGAUGAUGUGCACGACUUUACUGAAACGAUCCGUGCCAUGCAAAUCAUUGGUCUGAACGAUUACGAGCAGGGCGAGAUCUUCCGUAUGCUUGCGGCCGUCCUCUGGCUGGGCAACGUUCAGUACGAGGAGAUGGACGAUGGUAAUGCGAAAGUCUCUGAUACUGCUGUCACGGAUUUCGUCGCGUAUCUGCUGGAAGUUGAUUCAGCCUUGGUGCAAAAGGUCAUGAUAACGAGGGUGAUGGAAACGCAACGAGGCGGACGGAGAGGUUCUGUAUACAAUGUCCCGCUCAAUCCCGCACAAGCGACUGCUGGACGGGAUGCACUCUCGAAGGCCAUCUAUAAUAACCUCUUCGAGUGGAUUGUCUCCAAGGUCAAUCAGUCAAUGACGCCGCGGUCAGCCACUGCUCAGCUCAUUGGUAUCCUGGAUAUCUUCGGUUUCGAGAUCUUCGAAGACAACUCAUUCGAGCAGCUAUGUAUCAACUAUGUUAACGAGAAGCUCCAACAAAUCUUCAUCGAGCUUACACUAAAGACAGAGCAGGAGGAGUAUGUCAGAGAGCAGAUCAAGUGGACGCCCAUCAAGUACUUCAAUAACAAGAUCGUCUGCGACCUCAUCGAGGAAAAGCGUCCUCCGGGUAUCUUUGCUGCUCUCAACGACGCGUGCGCGACUGCACAUGCAGAUCCUAGCGCGGCAGACAACAGCUUUAUACAGCGCAUGGCAUCAUUGUCGUCGAAUCCUCACUUCGAGUCGCGCGGCGCCCAGUUCUUGGUCAAGCAUUAUGCUGGCGACGUCAUGUACAACGUUGCUGGCAUGACGGACAAGAACAAGGAUGUACUGGUGAAGGAUCUGCUGGAUCUCGUUGCGAGCAGCAACAACCAGUUUGUACAGUCUGUCUUCCCAGACCGGCCAGAUCCCAACAGCAAGAAGAGACCGCCUACAGCUGGAGAUAGGAUCAAGCAAUCUGCAAAUGCUCUCGUAGAGAACUUGAUGCGCGCUCAGCCUUCAUACAUUCGAACGAUCAAGCCGAACCAGAACCGAAGUGCCACUGAGUACGAUUCCAAGGCGGUCCUGCACCAGGUCAAGUAUCUUGGUUUGCAGGAGAACAUUCGCGUGCGUCGGGCUGGGUUUGCGUACAGGAACACGUUCGAAAAGAUGGUAGAGCGAUUCUACUUGCUCUCGCCUGCGGCAUCAUACGCCGGAGAAUAUACCUGGCAAGGGGACGCGAAGUCGGGUUGCGAGCGAAUCCUUAUUGACACUGGCAUUGCGCGGGAAGAGUGGCAGAUGGGUGUGACGAAGGCAUUCAUCAAGAACCCUGAGACGCUCUUCGCUCUGGAAACGAUGCGUGAUAGAUACUGGCACAAUAUGGCAGGUCGGAUACAACGGGCAUGGCGCAACUAUAUGCGCUACAAGCACGAGUGUGCUAGACGCAUCCAGCGCUUCUGGAAGAACAACAAAGAGUCAAUCGAGUAUGCUAAGAUCCGAGAUUAUGGUCACCAGAUACUAGCCGGCAGAAAGGAGCGGCGGCGAUUCAGUCUGCUCGGCUAUCGCCGCUUCAUGGGUGAUUACCUUGACCUCAACGGCAAGAGCUCACUUGGAGAGGAACUUGCGGCUGCUUGCGGCGUUGGAGCCGAGCAAAUCACUUACAGCUCAAGAGCGCAAAUACUGGUCUCUAAAACGGGACGGUCUAGUAAGCCAAGUCCUCGCUUCCUGGUUGUGACUCAGAAAGCACUUCACAUCAUUGUUGCACACGCGAGGGAAGGCCAGCUCUUCUACACGUUAGAGCGGAAGAUUCCUUUGGUAACGAUCAAGAAUAUUGCUAUGUCAAAUUUGAGAGAUGACUGGAUGGCGUUCAACCUUGGAGCCACUGAGGAAGGCGAUCCUCUAAUUAGUUGUAUAUUCAAGACGGAACUCAUUACCCAUCUAUUGCGGCUAACACAAGGCAGCAUCAAUGUCACGAUCGCACCUAUGAUCGAGUACAACAAGAAGAGGGAGAAGAAGGCGCAUGUCAAGUUUAUCAAGGACGAGACCGUUCCCCGUGGCGACAUGUACAAGAGCCACACAGUGCAUGUACCUUCCGGUGAACCACCAAGUAGCCUCUCGCGUCCUCCUCCGAAACGUAAGGAAGGUGUCGCUCGGCCUAUCACUCAAGGAAAACUCCUUCGAAAGGGAGGGCCUUCAGAUAAACCAGCAGCAUCUCGACCGAAGCCUGCUGCUCAGCCCUUGCCAGGCAAGUCCACGCCUGCGUCUGCAGUCAAGCCUAGCAUACCUACGUCAUCCUCGAGUGUACCUCACGCUCCACCACCUCCUCCCAGUCGAGCAGUUGCUGCCCCUCCUCCGCCUCCGCCAGAGCCCGACGUCGAGAUGUACCGAGCGAAGUUCGCCUUUGAGGGCCAGGAAGGAGAGAUGAGCCUCAAGAAGGAUGAUCUUUUUGAGCUCAUUGAGAAGGAGGACAACGGCUGGUGGCUGGUAAAGAAGAACGGUGUCGAAGGCUGGGCUCCUAGCAACUAUCUUGAAUUAGUUCCUACGAAACCUAAAGCUGCACCCGCGCCGCCGCCGCCGCCGCCACCAGCAUCUCGUCGGCCACCUUCUAUGCAGCCAGCAGCGUCUGUUCCGGUUGCGGCUGCUGCGAAGGUGACCCUCAAGUCAGUAGUUGCAGACGCAUCUGCAAAGCCUGUCGCAGUGUUCCCUGGGAUGAUGCCUGCCAACGGGUCAGCCGCCCCAUGGAAAAAAGCUCACGCUGUGACUGCUUCCAUGGACGGUGCUUCCGCCGAACACAGUCCUGCCAGUUCUCAUCCUGCAAGUUCUACGGUACCGAAGCCUCCCCCUCCUGCACCAAAGCCGAAGCCUGGUCCUCCGCCUCUGGCUAGCAAGCCGACACAUGUGGGUCCCCCAAAGGUAGGAGCAAAGCCGUCUGUACCUGUCGCAUCGAAGCCUGGCGCCGCCGCUCCUAAGCCUAAGCCAGGAGGCUUGGCAAAGCCGGCUGCUCCAAGCGGACAGAUGGAUUUGGCUGCUGCUCUGGCUAAGCGUGCGCAGAGGUUAGCUGAGGAGGACUAGACAGACUGCGCGGACAUCACCAUAUUCUAGGUCUCAGGGAAAUGUACAAGAUCAUGUUGACGAUAUCUGAUAUAGAACACCGCCGAACUAGUCCACGUUGAUGUUUUACAUUGCUCGGCGUUGGCCCCUAUUGCCGGAAAUUCGUGAUGCCGGAGAGCUCUGCGGUAUUCAUUGUUGGCAUCAUU